UGUGACGUCAAUAUCAAAUCUCACGUCAUAAUACCUAAACAGUCCGCAAUGGCUUGCAGCAUUGAGGAUACACAGGACUCUAUAGAGACCCAAACAGAUCAAAUAGAUGAUGAUGAAAUUCGUCAAAAGGUCGGAGAUUUAGGGGUGGAUCUAAAUCAGUUGCGGGCGAACAAUUCUUAUUUACUGUCUGGCCUCCAGGCGCGGGAGAGUAAGCUUACUCAAAUGAAGGACUGCCACUCCAUUCUGUCAUCAAGCAUGUCCGAAUUUUUGGGAACUAUGUCGGAGCUAAGGAAAAAAAUAUUGGCGUACAGGACAGAAGGUCAUAGGUCAGACCAGGAAAUCAACAGGUUGCAGGAAGAAAAAGCGGUUCUAAAUGAGGAGGAGGAGUUGCUAGCUAAUCAAUGCGCUGCCAAAAUCAGAGAAGAGGAGAAGGGUCUGAUAGAGAAAAACCUCACAAACGAAGAAAAGACUGAACUCCGACUUAAUGAUUAUACCCGCUGCGAUUUGUACCGUAAACUCCGAUGUCUUCAGGAAUUGAAAGAUACAAGCCAGAAAUUGAAAUCUUCGUACCACGAUGAAUGGAACAAAAUAAAAGAAGACCUCAAGAAAUAUGGCGAGGAGAGGAGACACUAUGAGAUAGAAAUACAAAAUGUGCAGAACAUGGCUCUCCUGAAGAUGCGCAGCAUGCAACUUAAUCCGGCUGAUGCAGAGGAUCAACAAAUUUUAGAGCUGAUCAAAUACAUGGAGAUGAAGCGCGAGAUUCGGGAACUUAAAGAAAACAAUAUUAAUUUACAAGUAAUGUCUAGAGACAUUGAGUAUGAUAUAGCACAACUCCGGAGCACAAGAAAGGCUUUGUUAAAACAUAAUGAUACUUUGGAACAAGAAUUACGCCCCAAGGACGAGCCCGGGACACUCUUGCACCGCACCAGUUGUCACACAAACCUCGUGAUUCCCGAUGAUCGAUUCUCCGAUCAGUCAGAAGACACAUUAUCGAUGGGAGAACUUUACGAUCACGUUGGUGGAACACACCUUCACAGAUGUGCAAAGAAUUCUUGCAUUGCCAUCCCCCGUGAACUGUGGGACAAGGAUGAACUAGAGGAGUUGCAGCGAUUAAUGUCCAACAACACAGAUAGUGAGGAGUCGAGCGAUGUUUCAGACGAUGUAACGGAUGACGUUAGUGUUAACGACGUCAACAUCGAGUUUUCCGAAGAGCAGCAGCAGCAAAGGAUCACUAAUGAGGAGAAGUUGGCUUCUAAGGAAUUACAAAUGAAUGUAUCAGAGAAACCUGUCCAACCAAGCGAUUUACAAGGACAGAUGCACGAAUUAGCAGCAGGAAACUCCCAAAGUUUAAUGAACAAGCUUCGUGCUAGAAUGGGUGUUCAAGCUCAGUCUGGAACAGCUUUGAGACCGGAAGUGAUGUCAGCGGGAACAGGAAUAAGAAGAUCCAGCCUUAGAGAUGCAGCACUGUCAUUGAUAAAACGUCGCCAAAGAAGAAAUUAAAACGUACAUCAAGUUCGGAUUUUCUGUUAAAAUAUGCAUACUGUUAUGACUUUCUAUUAAAACUUACAUCCAGUAAAGAUUUUCUAUGAUAUUCAGAUUAUCGAUGUAUAAAGCAAUAUAUUUGUUCAAUGUGAACUUUUGUCAAUUUAGGCAUUUUCUUUUGUUUUGAAUU